AUGCAUCUAGCUGACAUUCCUGCCGAACAUGUUCCCGCAUUAGCCACAAUCCUUCAGUUCCUCCCAAACGAAGACUCACGAGAGCAAUCAAAACGCUUUAGCCAAGGGACCCGGUCAUUGCCCUCACUCCUCAGACCUAGUCGAUUAGAACGCUUACUUUUACCUCCCUGCGGACAUCUUUGCAAGUUACACAAGAACGUGGAUUCUACAGUGGUCGAUGUUGUACUUCAUCACAUACAAAUCGAAGUUGGCGUUCGCCUGAACAACCUCAUCUCCCAGUGUCAGCUGUUGAGCAGCGAACAAUACGCUCGUGUGACGAGACUGAGAACCCUGCACGCCUUGUGGCUCGCGCCGGCCGAAUAUGAGAUGACAUUUCUCUCGUCGGUCCAGAGCCUGAAAUGGAAAUACCAGACUGACCGAUGCGAAGGCUGCAUACUUUCCCAUCUCAGUAGUGAUCUGGAAGUUCUUCUCGACCUCCGAUGCGCCAUCAGAUCGCGUAUGACGACCCGUUUCGUCGCGAAGCACGGGAAUCCUAGACUUCAGAUCUGGGCCCAGUCGUGGAUCCACAAUCUAGCAAAGCAUCUUUGGAAGAAGACAGGGCAAGAGAUUGAUCUUGAUUCACUUCUGUCGCGGAACGAGGAGGAGGCCGCGGAACUCAGGCAGGUCAGAGCCAAAAUCCAUGCUGUGAGAAAAGACAAAUUGAAGAUCGUGAGAGUGGGCAGAAAGCGUGGAGUGGCGGUAUCGACGCAGCAGUUUUCAACCACAAGUUCAGAUGUGUCUCCUGUUUCGAGUCCGACAGACGCCAACCAAGGGGAAGAGAAUCUUAAUUCUCAGAGAAGAUCUAUUGACGAUGUCACUGAAGGACGCAUGGUAGAUGAUCCGGAAGAAGUCGAGUUAGAGGUAAUACACCCUUACGCCGCCUUGGUGAGCACACCCUAUCUCCCCAAUGGAGCGGUCGCACCUACUUCAAAGUACGACUCCCGCACAGGCACUGCCUCGGCUAACGCGUCCACAAAAGGCCAACAUCCCUAUCUCCACCCUCAUCAGGCGAAGGAGAAAACGUCGGUCUACAGUUUCAACACAAUGGCGAGAAGCUUUUUCGAUGCCCACAUGGUCAUCAACGAGGAAGAAGAAUAUGUAUUGCCUAGAGAACUUUGGAAGGAACCACAGCAGCAACAACGACAACAACCAUCGUGUCAGCUCCGUUGUACCCCAGAUCCUCAACCGGAACGGAGUUCCGUUGUGGCACCGGCAGAGUCCUGGGUGACACAAUGUCUUGGGAGCGUGAAUGAGAUAUACUCUCCGGCUCCAUCGACACAGCACUUCAAUUACCAACAGGGAAGAUGCGGAACACGCAUAAGCGGCCCGCGUGGACAUAGUCAUCAGACGCCCAAGCGAAACCCAGCUGAUACAUACGUCGAAUUAUUCAACACUACACCCUUUGAUUCGGAACUUUUUCCUGCGACGUUGGCGAGAGAAGACGAGACUCUGCCCAGCACUACCUAUAAAGAAGUCACGGGCACAGGAAUAGGCCAAGAUCCGUCACGGUAUGGCGUGAAAGGAAACGACAAUCACCAACGGACUCAUGUUCAUGAGACUCAAAUCCGACUGUACCCAACGCGUCGAGUUGGGGCGGAUCGUGUGAGAGUGCAGUCCUGGUGA